AUGGCAGCCGUCAGCGGAGUUCUUCCUCAGGUCCCCGAGCCCCGGGCCGCCGUCUUCAGAACCUUCUCCAAACCCCGCCCGGCCCACGCGAGGCGGCAAGCAGCAGCCACCAAAAGAAAAUGCCAAGCGUCCAGCGAGGCUCCCCCAGCGAAACGGAGGAGCAAAGCCUCAUUUCUCCCGGCCAAGAAAACUGCCACGAAAGAAACUCGCAGGACCUUGAAGGGGAAGGCACAGAAAACGUUUUCUCCCAAGAAGUCUUCAGCCGGUGCGAGUAAUGGAAACCAGGAACGGAAGCUGGGCGUUAAGACUUCAUCGCUGUUUAAAAACAACCCUGAGGUUCCAGAACUCCCCAGACCUGUAGUAAAGCAGGUUCAAGAAAAGGUGUUCACUUCAGAUGCUUUUCAAGCCCUGGACCUCCACCCACAUCUUAUUUCCACAAUAAAUACAGUCUUAAAAAUGUCUAGUAUGACCAGCGUUCAGAAGCAGAGCAUCCCCGUGUUGCUGGAAGGCAGAGAUGCCCUCGUGCGAUCCCAGACGGGCUCAGGUAAAACUCUUGCCUAUUGCAUCCCUGUGGUCCAGUCUCUUCAAGCAAUGCAGUCCAAAAUACAGCGUGGUGAUGGUCCCUACGCUCUGAUACUAGUGCCAACAAGAGAGCUGGCUCUGCAAAGCUUUGAUACUGUCCAGAAACUGCUUAAGCCAUUUACCUGGAUUGUGCCUGGAGUGUUAAUGGGAGGAGAGAAGAGAAAAUCAGAAAAGGCCAGGCUCCGAAAAGGAAUAAAUAUCCUUAUCUCCACUCCUGGGCGCCUCGUGGAUCAUAUAAAAUCCACCAAGAACAUCCAUUUCCAUCAGAUCCGUUGGCUGAUUCUGGAUGAAGCAGACAGAAUCUUGGAUUUGGGUUUUGAAAAGGACCUCACGGUGAUCCUCAACGCUGUGAAUGCCGAGUGCCAGGAACGACAGAACGUCUUGCUGUCGGCGACGCUCACGGAAGGUGUAGCGCGGCUAGCUGACAUCAGUUUACACGACCCUGUCAGCAUCUCUGUCCUGGAUGAAAGCCACGACCUGUCGAGCCCAGAGAGUGAAGCCUUUCUCGAAGCUUCUCCUCCACAGGCGACUGAUGAGCUGGACGGCUUUGCCAUCCCAGCCGGUCUCGAGCAGCAUGUGGUGGUGGUCCCCAGCAAGCUGAGACUCGUCUGUCUGGCGGCCUUCAUCUUGCAAAAGUGCAAGUUUGAGAGAGACCAGAAGGUGAUCGUUUUCUUCUCAAGUUGCGAGCUGGUGGAGUUCCACUACACCCUCUUCCUCCAGACCCUGCUGAGCGGCUCGGGGGCCCUGGCCCCAGAGCAUUUGCCAUCCACCUCUACACCGUUAAAAUUCCUGCGGCUGCACAGCGCCCUGGAGCAAGAGGAAAGAACAGCAGUGUUUCAAGAUUUCAUGCAUUCCAGAACAGGCAUUCUUUUUUGCACGGAUAUUGCGGCUCGUGGCUUGGAUCUCCCUCAAGUCACAUGGAUUGUCCAGUACAACGCUCCGUCUUCACCUGCCGAAUACAUCCACCGGAUUGGGAGAACGGCCCGGAUUGGCUGCCAUGGGAGCAGCCUGCUUGUCUUGGCUCCUUCGGAGGCAGAAUAUGUCAACUCGUUGGCUUCUCACAAAAUCAACGUUUCUGAGAUGAAGAUGGAAGACAUUUUGUCUGUUCUGACAAAGGAUGAUUGUUUUAAAGGAAGACGAGGGGGAGGCCAGAAAUCCCGCACCGCUGGCCCCCAGGAAAUCCGAGAACGAGCCACGGUCUUGCAGACGGUGUUUGAAGAUUACGUGCACUCCAGCGAGGAGACAGUCUCCAGGGCCAAGAAAGCCCUGCAGUCCUUCAUCCGGGCCUACGCCACCUACCCCCGGGAGCUGAAGCAUAUCUUCCACAUCCGACUGCUCCACCUUGGGCACAUGGCUAAGAGCUUUGGGCUAAGAGAUGCCCCUAAAAAUCUUUGCGCCUCAGCCAUGAAGAAGAAGAAAGCAAACCUGAAAAGGCCUGACCUUCAGAAGAAGAAGACCCAGAGUAAGCAGCGCCUUGCUGAAAUCUUGCGUUCCGAAUACGCCAGCGGGAUGGAGACCGGCAGCGCCAAGGUCAGGAAGCAGAACACGCGCUCGGGGCCCAGCCAGCCCCGAGGCACCGCCCGAAACCCGGGCCCAGCCUCUGCCGAGGGAACAGAUUAA